CAGGCGCUGAACGAGGAUAAACUAUUGCUGGAGAAGACGGUGAAGCGACUGCAGUCGUCAGAAGAAGACUGGAGAUGUAGAGUCGAGGAGGCAGGCACGCAACUGUCAGCUCAGCAGCAGGAACACGAGGAGAAGACAAAGACCCUUGUGGCUCAGCUGGCAGAGACAGAGAGGGCGGCCAGGCUUGCUGAAAAACAGAGAGAUGAGGAGGAGAGGGAGAAGAGGGAGAGGGAGGAGGAGAAAGAGAGGGAGGAGGAGGAAAGGAUUGGUGAGCUUGAGAGACAGAUUGAAGUCCUGAAAGAGGGUCUGGAGAGUUCAAAGAAAGAGGUGGAGAGGGUGAAGGAGGAGGCCUGUGAGGCCAGGGAGGAAGUAAAGAGGGAGAAAAAUGAGAAGGAGGGACUGGAAAUGGAGUUAAAUCAACUGAGAACAGAAAUAUCGGUGAGAGAGGAGGAAGAGAGAGGGGGAGAAGAGACGGAGAGGGGGCGAGAAGAAAGGGAGACUGAAGCUGCAGCAAGUCUGGUGGCAGAACUGGAACGAAAGAUUGGAAGUCUGGAGUAUAGACUGGAGACUGUCGUGGGAGAGAAGGACGAGCUGCAGAGGGCAGCUGAGGCUAUGGAGAGCGAGAGAGAGACUCUCGGUUCUCAACUGGAGUCACUGCGAGGCCAGUUGGAGGAGAGGGGGAGGGAGGCGGGAGAUUUGGAAAGGAGGUUGAUGGAGAGUAGUGUGAGAAUAGAGGAGUUUGAGAAGGAACGGAGUGUUUUGCAGACCGGGGCUGAGGAGGAGGUGAGGACGAGGAGAGGGCAAGAGAGGAGCUGGAGAGACUGAAGCAAGAAAGGGAGGAGGAGAAGGAGAAGGAGGACAAAGAGAGGGAGGAGAGGGAGAGAGAGGUGUCCCAGCUGAAAUCAGAGGUAGAGACACUGAAACAAGAGAGGGAGGAGGACAAAGAGAGGGAGGAGAGGGAGAGAGAGGUGUCCCAGCUGAAAUCAGAGGUGGAGAGACUGAAACAAGAGAGGGAGGAGGACAAAGAGAGGGAGGAGAGGGAGAAGAGAGGGUCCCAGCUGAAAUCAGAGGUGAGAGAGAAGGAGAGGGAGGAGGACAAAGAGAGGGAGGAGAGGGAGAGAGAGGUGUCCCAGCUGAAAUCAGAGGUGGAGAGACUGAGACAAAGAGAGGGAGGAGAGGGAGAGGGAGAGAGGUGUCCCAGCUGAAAUCAGAGGUGGAGAGACUCCAGACGGAGAGCCAGGAGAAGGCCAGGCAGCUUGAUGAGGCAGUCAGGAGAGAGCAGUCGUCUUCUCAGCGGAGUCUGAACGAUCGGACUGAGAGCCAUAGAGAUGAGACCAAGAAACUGAAGGCGUACAUCGUGAAGAUGAAGAAGGAGCUAGCAGAGACUCGGGACAAGGUGGCCACUGACUCCGCCUCCUCCGAGACAGAGAGGGUGGAGCUUCAGAGACAGCUGAAUGCAUUGAGGGAGGCUGUGGGGGCGGGGCAACAGAGUGCUGCAGAAAAAGAGGGAAAGGUCAGAGUUGCCGAGGAGACUGCAAAGAGCUUGAGGGUAGAGUUGAGUGAAGUGACUUCAGAGAGAGAAUGUCUCCAGUCAAAUCUGACUGCCGCCACCGAGGAGCUGUCCGUACUCCGUUCCGAGUGGUCCACAGCCCAGUCCGACCUGGCGACGCUCCAGACCCAGGUGGGCGGGGCCCAGCGAGUGGCAGAGGUGGCAGAGAAAGAGGUGGGGUCGCUGCGGGAGGAGCUGGCGAGAGAGAAGGACAGUCACUCGUCAACAAGACAGAGACUGGCAGCUGCUGUGAAGGAGGCUAAGGUAACAAACGUGAUGAACCUUGAGCUGGCGGACUACCAGAGGUCGCUGCAGAGUCUGGAGGAGAAGCUGACCGCGGCUCACGGGGAGUUGGAGGAGGCCAGGGAGGAGAGGAGGAGGCAGCUGGACAAGAUGGACUCCAUGAGGAAGGAGAUUGAUCUGAAGACGCAGCAGGCGAUAUCAGUGGAAGACAGAUUGUCCAAGACCAAGUCUCUCUGGAUGAAGACCAAGAAGGAGCUGGACGCAGCGAGGAAGACAGAGGGAGAGCUCCAAGUGGCCAUGGCUUCUCUCGCGGCUCAACUGGAGACUGAGAAACAAGAGGCAGAGCAGAGCAAGGUUGAGACGGCAUCUCUGACUGCUAAACUUCAGUCAAUGCAACAGCAGUCGGACUCCUCUGUGGGAGUUCUGCAGAAGACGGUUCGUUCUCUAGAGCACAAGUUGGCAGCUGCUCAGAGUGAGUUGACCACCUCCCAAAUCUCACUCUCCCAGUGCCAGCAGGACUACAACAACUACAAGAUUAGGGUACAUAGUGUUCUGAAGCAGAAGAGCGGUGGUCCAAGUGCCGCUGAAAUUUCCACGGAAAUACGGCAAACGUUUGAGGCUGAGAUACUCCAGUUGAAGGUAGAACUUCAAGACAGCAAGACCCAGCUGUCGUCAGCUCUGGCAGAACUGGAGGAAGUAACGGAGGAACACCGAACUCUGACCUCCACACACCAGCAGCUGCUACAGACCUCACAGACACAGCUCUCGUCUGCCAGCAGACAACUGGAGGAGGCGGAGUCUCGCCACGGUCGGGAGAGCCGAGAGCAAGCGGAGGUCAUUCAGCAGCUGCGACAAGAGGUCGUAGAGGUCACGGAUACCUUCAGGGGCCAGCUUCAAUCUCUUCAGGAGGAGCAGCAGAAGGUUGUCGUAUCCCUCAGGGGUGAACUGGAGGCUGCCAAGACCUCUCUGACUAGGCUUCAGCAGGAAGCUGAUGCCAAGGUUCUUGCUCGAGCUGUCAACCAUUCAUCGUCAGGCCCCGCCCACCCACAGACGUUAGUCUCCCAGGAGACGAGGAAUGCUGACUCAGCAACUGUCACCAACGAGCAGAGAGUGGCGGGAGAGGGUAUGGAUGAGUCCGAGCUAGAAUCCUUCCCUCCUACCCCAUUCUCGCGGGAGGACUCACAGCUGAGUUUCGAAAGACUGCUGAGCGUGGUAGACUCGGAAGUUCCCGUUCCUCGUGCCAAGCCCUCCUCCGCUGGGGAACAGCCCCAGCAGCUGCGACGAGAACUGGCAAAGGCCAAGAAGACCAUCAGAGAUGUCACAGAGCUGUUGAGAGAGAGUGAGGAGGCGGGAGUUCAACUGGGGGAGCAGGCAAAGCUGCUCAAAGAGGAGAUUCGGAGGCUGGAGAGGAACAGGGAGAGGGAAGAGGGAGUCAGCAACAUGGAGUACCUCAAGAACGUUGUCUUGAAGUUCCUGCACACAGAGGAUGGUGGAGAGCAGACAGCACUCGUCCCUGUCAUCACCCAACUACUCAGACUCAGUCCUCAGGAGACCAAGUUCCUUCAGGACACCAUCGAAGGUACACCAGCCCCCCUCCCAGAUGCCAGUACCAGCCUCCCCUCUCCUUCCACUCACAAAGGUCUCGCCGGAUACAUACAUCGCUGGACUGGCUACUAAACACACUCCUUGAAGCCACACCCCCUCCAACCAGUGGGUGUGGCUACCUAUCUAGCCACACCCUCUACAGCCAGUGUGUGGUUGAGUAGCUCUUGUUCAUUAGGUGAAUUUUUCUCUAAUUCAGACAUAUUUUUUCAUUCACGAAUGUGAAUGCACUGAAAUGUAGACAAAGUAGACAUUGUGGUUGCCGUGGCAAUGAAUGGGUGAAGGUGAAAGGUCGGCUACUGUUUUAGUCUACUUCAACAGCAGCAGCUGUCGGUUCUCCAGACCUUCCCUGACCCUGAGUGCCAGCAGAAGGGCCGGAGCUGGGACCAAUGGAGGUGGCGGCCACGGCUCUCACUAAGAGGUUGAAUAUGGGGAGAGGGAGGGUCUGCUGGAGAGUCAGUAGUGUGGCUCUCGGGUUCCCUGAGAACUUGACAAAGUUCAGGAGGUGGCCAAUGGUCUCCUCAAUGUUCCCUUCCAUCAUCUUCUGGUUGGCAGCUGUCAUCUCUGCAAUGAGGAAUUCCUCCCGCACUCUGGGGUCGCGGAGGUCAAUAAUUUUACCCUGCGCCUUCGCUCUCCUUCUCCGUGCGAGGACUUUCUUCUUGUAGUCGGGGUCCAUGCGCCUGUUCCGGUCGAAGUAGACGCAGUAGCCGAGGAAGAGGGACCCUGCGAGCCCCAGGGCACACACAGCCACGAAUCGUCCGCUCAUUUUUGCAGUACAGCGUCCCUAGCUUUAUCACAUGGGGUGUGGAGUAUACGGUAGAA